AUGGGACACGACUCGCCCGACGUCAAGCCUCUCUGGCUCGUCCACCCCCGUCUCGACGCCAGCACCUACCGCGACCGACUCAUGGGCAGCGUCGUCGCCUACCCGCACCUUCCCACCGAGCGGCACAUCCCGUGCGCGUCGGCGCGGCUGCCGCGGGACAUGGUCACGAACCUGGACCCGAAGCCGGUGCGCCUGCGGGACAUGGCCUUUUGGCACGCGCGCAUCCACGACGCGCACGCCGCGGCCUCGCUCUCCGACGCCCUGCGCUUCUUCGCCGUGCGCGCGCGCGCCAGCCGCGCCGCGCACGUCGCCACCGUCGCCCGCAUGUGGCACAUGGACGCCCCGGCCGACAAGUUUGCCGCGCUGCUGCGCGACCCGCAGUACCACGCCGAGCUGCUGGCCCUGCUGCGCGCCGCGCCGCACCGCGCCGGCUACUUUGUCACCGAUAUCGUGACGGCUGCGAAUCUGGAAACGAGGCAGGCAACGGCGCACGGCGCCGGCGCGGGUGGCGGGUUCACCGUGCCGGCCGGGGCUGGCGCCGAGGCCAGUUGGCGCCUCGACGCGGAGACGGGCGCCGACGUGACGUACGAGGACGAAAUGAUUGUCUUUGUGGGGUACAGGCUCGUCAGGCUCGAGAAGCUGACGGGCGCGCGCGCGAGGCUGCGCGCGAUGCUGCGAGGACCCAGGUUUGCGUUUGCGGUGCAGCAUGCCGCCGACUACUGGCCGGCGAUCAGGGACGGGCCUGUGCCCGGACAGGUCGAGCCGUUUCUCGGCGCUGCGCUGCGGGAGGAGCAGUCGGUGCUGGUGCGGACGGCGAGCAGGCAGUUGGCGGACGAGGCCAUUGUCCGGGAGCUCACGUUUGAUAUCGAGGUUGUGGGGUGA